GUUGCUGUCGUGGUUGGUAGCGGCCGGGACCCUGCGGUGUGUGGAAGCGCUGGUCUCCUCGGGCAGUGGGUGGUUUCUCCUGUGUAUCCCUUCUAGGACACUCGAACGAAGAUUUGUUUCUUUUUUUGCUUCCUCCCUUUUCUUUUCCUCCUCCUUCGCUUUUCUGAGGCUUUUAAAACAAACACAAAUUUUAAGCAAUUUUCCGCCGGUGUCGUCUUGAAAAAAACACAUCUUUUGAUUUCUUUUUUGCUUGACAUCUGGGAAACCGACCCCCGCUCUCAGAACUAACCAAAGACAAUGGUUCACUGUGCAGGCUGCAAAAGGCCAAUCUUGGACCGGUUUUUGUUGAAUGUACUGGACAGGGCUUGGCAUGUGAAGUGUGUUCAGUGCUGUGAAUGUAAAUGCAAUUUGACAGAGAAAUGCUUUUCGCGAGAAGGCAAGCUUUACUGCAAAAACGACUUCUUUCGGUGUUUCGGGACCAAGUGCGCGGGCUGUGCCCAGGGCAUCUCCCCCAGCGAUCUGGUCCGCAGGGCGCGGAGCAAAGUGUUCCACUUGAACUGUUUUACGUGUAUGAUGUGUAACAAGCAACUCUCCACCGGCGAGGAGCUCUACAUCAUAGACGAAAACAAGUUUGUCUGCAAAGAAGAUUACCUAAAUAACAGCAAUACUGCCAAAGAAAACAGCCUGCAUUCAGCCACCACCGGCAGUGACCCCAGCCUGUCCCCCGACUCCCAAGACCCUUCCCAGGACGACGCCAAGGACUCGGAAAGCGCCAACGUGUCCGACAAGGAGACGGGCAGCAACGAAAACGACGACCAGAACCUGGGGGCGAAGCGGCGGGGGCCCCGCACCACCAUCAAAGCCAAACAGCUAGAGACUCUGAAAGCCGCCUUUGCGGCCACCCCAAAACCCACCCGGCACAUCAGGGAGCAGCUGGCACAGGAGACCGGCCUCAACAUGCGGGUCAUCCAGGUCUGGUUCCAGAACCGGCGCUCCAAGGAGCGGCGGAUGAAGCAGCUGAGCGCGCUGGGCGCCCGGCGGCACGCCUUCUUCCGCAGCCCGCGCAGGAUGCGGCCGCUGGUGGACCGGCUGGAGCCCGGCGAGCUCAUCCCCAACGGGCCCUUCUCCUUCUACGGAGAUUAUCAGAGCGAGUAUUACGGCCCUGGAAGCAAUUACGAUUUCUUCCCACAAGGACCUCCAUCAUCCCAAGCUCAGACGCCCGUGGAUCUCCCAUUCGUGCCCUCUUCGGGGCCAUCGGGCACCCCCCUGGGGGCUAUGGACCACCCCCUGCCCGGACAUCACCCCCCCAGCGAGGCCCAGCGCUUCACUGACAUCAUGUCACAUCCCCCGGGAGACUCGCCCAGCCCCGAACCCAACCUGCCUGGGUCCUUGCACUCCAUGUCCGCGGAAGUUUUUGGCCCUAGUCCUCCGUUUUCUUCACUAUCUGUCAACGGUGGUGCUAACUACGGCAAUCACUUGUCACACCCCCCCGAAAUGAACGAAGCGGCUGUGUGGUAGCUUUAAAACAGACUGGGUCUAAGUAAGUGAUGAUCAUCUAGUCUGCUUAUUGUUACGGUGUACAGAAAUGAAUACAUAGAACAUCUCUCCUGCCCUGAGACAAUAUUACCUUGGGCACGAACUGAACCCAAAUCGCUCCAAGGGAAGCUUUGCUCUAGACCAGGACAAUCUCCGCGUUACGGUUGUAUCCAACAG